AAGAAGGAGAAAAUGAAUUUUUAAAAUAUUUGCAAAAUUACUAUUUUCAAAGCGAAGAAAGAAUCAUGAUGUGGGCUCAUUGUCAUAGGAUAAAUGCUGGUAUAAAUACGAAUAUGGCCAUUGAAAGUUUAAAUAAGUUAUUGAAGUAUAAUAAAAUGAAUGGGCAGAGAAAUCUCCGUGUUGAAAAAUUACUGGAUUUGUUAGACGAACUUGUAGAUGAGAAAAUGUGGAAGCGAAUUAUAAACACAGAAAGACCUAAUGCGAAUAAUUACCAACACAAAAUAACCGUAGAAGCACACAAAAAAGCCGAACAGAUGAAGGAUAAUGUACAAUACUCAGAAUUUGGAACAUUCAAGGUACAAUCAUGUACGCCAAUGUAAAAUUUGUAUACACAGAUAUCUAUGUGAAUGCCCAGAAUAUGCAGUAAAAUGUACAAUGUGUAAACAUAUACAUGCUGUAGUUCUGUUUGAGGAGAGAAGCGAGUCUGUUUUAGGUCUUUCAAGCAGUUCUCCGUGUUCCGAAGAAAGUAAUGUGUUAUAUAUUGAUGAACCCACGACAAGCCAGAUCCGAUAUCAAGACGAUUUAACUCAUUUCCUAGAUGAAAACUGCAGGAAUCAAAAUUCUAAUAAACCAAUAAAUUUUGAAAAUAGACGUGAGAUUGCUUUGGAUGCGAUUUGUAGAUUUGGUAAAUCUUUGGAUGAAGAAUCAUUUGAUAAAUUUAUGAUGGAGUUUAAUAAAAUUAAAGAUAGGUUUCAGCAAAAAACAGAUGUAUGUAGAAAAAGAAAAAUCGAGAAACAAUUGUAUUAUCCAAAUAAAAAGUAAAGUAUGUAGAAAUUUUACAAUUUGGCGUCCGGGAAGCCACAACUUAUUUCAGCUGACACUAACUAGUUGUUGAAGAUCUCAUAAUAUUUGUUGAUAGAAAUGGACACUGAUGGACAAAAAAACCAAGACUAGGGGGAGCAUAAUCCCCGGUGAGUUAUAUAUUUGUUUGUUUAUCUGCAGAUCAGUAAUUUUAAUGUUUGUUUCCUAUACUUUUAUAUUUCCUGGCAAAUGACCCGGCUGCUGUUGAGACUAGCGAUUGCUUUGUGAUGACCUAUGUAUACAAGGAAGUAGUAAAACAUCGUUUUACAACUAUUCAAAGUAAAAUAGAAAAUGAAGUGAGGCGAGGUUUCACACACCGAUCCAAAUGUCAGAGUUGGAAUUGGAGUGCAGCAAAAAUACAUGGCUUUAAAUAGUGGCGAUUCACACAGUUUCCGAUCCGACAAGAUUUUUAUUUA